UUCCCCUCAUUUCACUCUUUUCUUUUCCCUACCUUUUAUUUCACAAUAAUCGUAUAGCCCUAAUCUCUUUCUCCAUAAUCUCUCUCCUUUUUCCCUAAAUCAAAUCGUAAAUCACUUUUUCUCUAAACCGUGAAUCAAGUUGAACUGAAAUCCCUAAUUCGUGAAUCAAUUGAAGAAGUCAUUUUCGUUUCAAGCUCUUUCCAUGGAGUUCAAGGGUUUUUGAUUCAUCAAAGCUACAAAGUAAGGUUUGAAGUGUUUUAUUAAUAACUACAAUGGUUUUGAUAAGCGGAAAUAAAAAAUGAUAUAUAUUAAAGAAUAAAGACUAGUGAAGAAAUAUAUCAUUCGGGCUUUUGCAAAGACAACUAUUUAUCAAGGUAAAGGAAGGCAUGUAUAAUGGAGCCGACUCUCUAGUUAUUUUGUUGGCAGAAUUUGAAGCGUCAUCAAAGCAAUUGAUAUCUGAUCUCACAAGUAGCUUACAAAAGAACUUGCCCACACUUGGAUGUCCAAGUGGUGUUGAAAUACAAUUUUGGACUCAUGAAUGGGAGAAACAUGGAACUUGUUCUGAAUCAAGCCUUAAACAACAUGAUUAUUUUGAAAUAACGGUCAACUUGAAACAAAAAGCCAAUCUCAUUGAUGCUCUUACUAGUGAAGGGAUACAAGCUGCUGGAAAUUCAUACAACUUGAGCAGUAUCAAAGAAGCUAUAGAAAAGGGAGUUGGGUUUACUCCAUUCAUUGAAUGCAAUGUGGAUUCAUCUGAUAACAGACAACUAUACCAAGUUUAUUUAGCUGGUCCCUUUGCCAAAAAGGAUUGGUAUGAUAUCAAAGCUCCUUCAGUUUUCCAAGUGAAGAAUGUUGGCAAAACCCUUGUUUCUCGUACUCAGGGAACUAAGGAUGGAGAAGCUUAUGCUUACUUGAUUCAAGUAUCGUAGCAGAAAACAACAUCAAAACUAAGUCUUCUUUUCAUUAUCACAAGAUUAUGCAGAGCCAUUAAUAUUGAUGUAACUUGUUUUUACAAAAUUGUGUAUAUGAAAAUGAUUUGUCAGAAGCGUGAGUACCCCAACCUAAGGCAUUUUGGAGCUUUGGGAGAAUCUGCAGUUGAGUUUGGCUUCAUGCGAAAGUAUUUACUACUGCGGUUUUGAGCACUAUAUAUUUGAAAAAUGGAUCUCCCAUUCAAAACUAAGUCCCCAACAAGUUUGUGUUAAUGUGAAGGAAUUUGAAGGUUAAUUUACAUUGAAGUUGAAGUCACGUUGUUAUUGACUUUUCGUGAUUGACUUCGACUUUAUAGUCGGCUUGGCAGAUGCUAAAAGGUUUCAUUGACUUUCCUCGCUUGACUGUAGAGUCGAUUGGAUGACACUAUUUAGUUCCAUUAACUUUCCUUGGUUGACUAUAGAGUCGGCCAAACCAACGCUACUAGAAAAUGUUGACUUUUUGUGUAGAUUAUAGAGUCGGCGAGCCGAUUCUAAACAUAUUUAUUGAAUUUCUUUUUUGACUUUA